AUGGAAAUGAAAGAUGUUGCCCUGAAAGCUGUGAUGGUGAUGCCUGCUUUACUCCUUCAGAAACCAUCAUUUAAAUCUAAAUGUAAGCAACAUAGUGAGUGCUUACAAAGACGGUUGAAUUUGUGGAAAUUGGGAGAUUUUAAUGGUUUGUUAAAAGAGUGCAGAGCAAUUCAAUCUCGACUCCAAUCAACUUGGAAGCCAAGAUCGCCUGAACACGGCUCUCGUACGUUUGCUAACUUAAUGCUUUCUGGUAAAGUCAACGCUGCCAUGAGAUUACUGGAUGACACUUCAACGUCGGGCGUUCUUCAGUUAUCAGAGGAUACAUUACGAGAACUGAAAGCAAAACAUCCUGAAGCUAUGGAAGCAGAUAAAGAAAUGUUAAUCACAGGACAAGUACCAUUUGUUGAUCCAGCCAUGUUUUCAAUAAUCGAUGAGUCGACGAUAGCCAGAGCAGCUCUACAUACAAAAGGUGCAGCAGGCCCUUCAGGAUUAGAUGCUGACGGUUGGCGAAGAAUACUCGUAUCCAAAAACGUUGGCACUGCAGGGACUGAACUUCGCUCAAGUCUUGCUGAGAUGGCCCGUAUUCUCUGUACGAAAGAACUGAAAGCUGAAUGUGACCAUCAAUCUUCAAUAGAAGCGUACGUAGCAUGUCGUUUGAUACCUCUUGACAAAUGCCCGGGGGUGAGGGCCAUUGGUACUGGCGAAGUCAUCGGACGCAUAAUUGGAAAGUCGAUCAUCUCUGUCAUCAAACCUGAUAUUUUAAUGAGUACUGGAUCACUUCAACUUGCAGCUGGUUUACCAUCGGGAUGUGAGGCAGCAGCCCAUGCCAUGGAGGAGAUUUUCCAAGACGAGGAAACUGAUGCCAUUCUAUUCGUUGAUGCGUCUAACGCCUUCAAUUCUCUUAAUCGCCAAGUGCUUCUCCAUAACAUUCGCUAUCUUUGUCCUCCUAUGGCAACGUAUGUUAAAAACUGCUUUGGCUCACCGUCACGAUUAUUUGUAAUGGGUGGCAAAGAAAUCUUAUCGCAAGAAGGAGCAACUCAGGGAGAUCCAAUGGCAAUGCCAGCGUAUACAGUUGGAAUCGCACCAUUACUGCAGAUGAUAAAAGUUCAAAAAGAUGAUGUUAGCGCUGCGAGUGAUAAGAAAAUGAAGCACGCAGCGUAUGCUGAUGAUUUCGGUGGCGCAGGAGUCCUUGAGUGUUUGCGAACGUGGUGGAAUCAAGUUGUUGACUUUGGUCCUCUCUUGGGAUACUACCCGAAAGCCUCGAAGUCUUGGUUAGUUGUGAAAGAGGACAGAGUAGAGGCUGCGAGAGAGAUAUUCACGGACACUGAUAUUAACAUCACAUCUGAAGGACGUGCAUAUCUUGGUGGUUUUGUUGGAAGUAAGGAAUCGAGAGAAAACUAUGCGAAAGAACUUGUCAAGAAAUGGUGUGAGCAGCUGAUGAUGUUGUCAAAGAUCGCGCAGUCGGAACCACAGGCAGCGUAUGCAGCAUUUGUUUCUGGUUUUCAACAUAAACUGACCUACUACAUGCACACUCUUCCUAACCUUGGUCCAUUACUGCAGCCAAUCGAUGAAAUCCUAAACCAUUAUUUCAUUCCUGCCAUAACGGAAGGUCAUCACUGCUCCCAAGACGAACGCAAACUCCUUAGUCUUCCUGCUCGUUUUGGCGGUCUUGCUAUUCCCAUCUUCUCCCAGAUCGCCAAGAGAGAAUACGAAUACUCCGAGAAAGCUAGUCAACAACUGACCGAGAAUAUCAAAUCUCAGACUGCGGAGUACUCCUUUGACAACACAACUCAUCACUCAACAAAGAAUGACAUCAAAAGAUCGAGAAAUCUGGAGCAUGAACAGACACUCGCGGAGUUGCAAGAAAUGAUGAACGGGGACCAGAAACGUGCAAAUGAGAUAGCCCAAAUGAAAGGAGCGUCAAACUGGUUAACUUCACUGCCAGUAAGGGAAGAAAACUACGUCAUCAACAAACGAGAAUUCUACGACGCUAUUCGCAUGAGAUACAGGUGGCCGCUCAAGUUUAUUCCAACUACUUGUGCUUUCGGGGAAACGGUUCUCGGUAGAUCAUGCAUUGUCCUGUCUCAAAGGCGGCUUCGUACAUCAACGCCACGACAAAAUCCGCGAUCUUUUUUGGCAGACGGCUACCGAGAUUUCUAACGACGUGGAGAUUGAACCAAACCUUCUCCCUCUCACUGGUGAGCAACUCCAUGCAACAGCAAACGGGAAAGAUGAAGCAAGACUGGAUAUCAGUACUGGUGGCUUCUGGCAACGUGGUCAACGAGCAUUCUUCGAUGUACGGGUGUUUAAUCCUUUCGCUCCUAGCUGCAGAAACCAGAAGUUAUCAACUGCUUUUUCCGCCAACGAACGUGAGAAGAAACGCGCCUACGCCGAAAGAAUUGUAAACAUAGAACAUGGUUCGUUCACACCCUUGGUCUUUACACCUUAUGAUGGAAGUAGCAGAGAGACAGAAAGAUUUAUCUCUGUACUGGCAUCUUCAAUCGCUGAAAAGCGCACACUUGCUGUCAGUAUAACAACGAACUGGCUCCGCUCAAAGAUAUCCUUCGCUCUACUUCGCUCGGCGACAUUAUGUGUUCGAGAAUCACGCUCAUUGAGAAAGAAACAAACUUUUGACGCUGCGAACAUUGAAAUUGCCUCAGCCAUAACCAAGCUGACAACAUACUAA